CAAGUCUGGCCUAGAGGAUGGAGCUGGGGGCGCCUGCCGCUGCCUAGGGCACCCCCCGAGGCUUUGUAGGGGCGCGCGGCUCCGGGGACUGGUGGUCUGGACGCGGCUGAGCGUUGAGCGGAUGGCCCUGCUCCGGUGUCCAGCGCUCGCUCUCCUCCUCCUCGUCUUCACCACGGUGCUCAGGUGCCAGGAAGAGGCUCAGCCCGCCGACUGGAGGGCCACCCUGAAGCCCAUCCGGAACGGCGUUCACAAGAUCGACACAUACCUGAACGCCACCUUAGACCUCCUGGGAGGCAAAGAUGGUCUCUGCCAGUAUAAGUGCAGUGACGGAUCUAAGCCUUUCCCACGUUAUGGUUUUAAACCCUUCCCGCCGAAUGGAUGUGGCUCUCCACUAUUUGGUGUUCAUCUUAAUAUCAGCAUCCUCCUGACAAAGUGCUGCAACCACCACGACAGGUGCUAUGAGACCUGUGGCAAGAGCAAGAACGACUGUGAUGAGGAGUUCCAGUACUGCCUCUCCAAGAUCUGCCAGGAGGUGCAGAAAACACUAGGACUUGCUCAGCACGUUCAGGCAUGUGAAACAGCAGUGGAGCUCUUGUUUGACAGCGUUAUACAUUUAGGCUGUAAACCGUACCUGGACAGCCAACGAGCCGCCUGUUGGUGUCGCUACGAAGAAAAAAACUGAUCUUUAAAGAAGAUGCUGUCAGGUGGUGACAGCAGAUGAGGAUGAAAGAACAUAACCUUUGACAAAGAACUAAUGGGUUUUACAGCAUAAAACUGCCUUAUUCUUAUUGUAAGACCUCAUGUUGACAUUAAAACUUCAAACUAAAAACAAAAA